AUGUCUCUCUAUGUAAACAACAGCAUUGUGAGCAGCAGUGCAUUCCCGGCUGCCCCCGUGCAGCUCUGCUAUGAGAACGUGAACGGAUCCUGUGUCAAGUCUCCCUACUCACCCGGACCCCGCGUGCUUCUGUACGUGGUCUUUGGCUUUGGGGCUGUGCUCGCAGUGUUUGGAAACCUGCUGGUGAUCAUUUCAGUCCUACAUUUCAAGCAGCUGUACUCUCCAACCAAUUUCCUCAUCGCCUCCCUGGCCUGUGCUGACUUUUUAGUGGGUGCGACCGUGAUGCCCUUCAGCCUGGUCAGGUCUGUGGAGAGCUGCUGGUACUUCGGGGCCCAGUUUUGUACCAUUCACAGCUGCUUUGAUGUGGCGUUUUGCUACUCUUCUCUCUUCCACUUGUGCUUCAUCUCCAUCGACAGGUACAUCGCUGUCACUGACCCUCUGGUCUAUCCGACCAAGUUCACUGUGUCUGUGUCCCGAAUGUGCAUCGGCAUCUCCUGGAUCCUGCCCGUUGUGUACAGCGGCGCCGUGUUCUACACAGGAGUGAAUGAUGUUGGUAUGGAGGAAUUAUCUCUUGCUCUCAACUGUGUAGGUGGUUGUCAAGUAGUUAUAAAUCAAGACUGGUUUUUGAUAAAUUUUUUGUUAUUCUUUAUACCUACUCUAGUUAUGAUAAUUCUUUACAGUAAGAUUUUUCUUGUGGCUAGAAAACAGGCUCAAAAGGUUGAAGCCACUGUUAGCAAUUCAGAAUCCUCAUCAGAGAGUUACAAAGCCAGAGUGGCCAAGAGAGAGAGAAAAGCAGCCAAGACCCUGGGGGUCACUGUGGUAGCAUUUAUGAUUUCAUGGUUACCAUAUAUGAUUGACUCAUUUUUUGAUUCUAUUUUGGGCUCUGUGACUCCAGGUUAUAUCUAUGAAAUAUUAGCAUGGUUUGGUUAUUAUAACUCUGCUCUAAAUCCUUUGAUAUAUGCUGUAUUUUACCCAUGGUUUAGGAGAGCAAUAAAACUUACUGUAACUGGUCAAGUGUUAAAAGAUAGUUCUUCCACCAUAAAUUUAUUCUCCAAAGGCACCUAA